UUGGUACUAGAAGACGCCUACUUGGAGCUAUUGGUGGCUGUUUCGACACCGGACUGGAUCGGCAGGCCGCCGAUACCCAAAAAUUUGGAUUUUGAUAAAAUAGAGCAGCGAGAGAGUACUGCCGACGAGGAGGGCGCCAGUGAAGCAGAGGAACGCGAAGAGAGCAGUUGUCCGCAGUUAGAUAAGGAAAUCGACGAACUGGUUUCGCAAGCUGUAAUUCAUACAAAAAACGGUUUGGCGGAGAAUUUUGAGGAGGUGGCGCGGAGUGAGAAGGAAAUAUCACCUGAGGUGGUGACGAGUUCUCCAAAGGAAGGCGAGAAAGCACAGUUGGAACGAGGAGAUUCCAGAGAAGGAGACGAAUGCGGAGAGUGUAAGCAAGAGACGAGGAGCGAGAGAAACAAAGACAACGACGAAGACAGAGAGAGUGAUCUGCCGAUGGCUACGCCCACGGCAACCCCGCCCCCAGCUGGUGCUGAUAUUAAGGCUGCAACAGAGCAGAAACGGCAAUGCUCUCAAGAACAGCAGCAACCAAAGCAACAGGAAGCGUCACCUGAGCAGCCAAAAAUCGUGCCAAUGGGUCGAUCCAAAUUUUGGGGUGAAGCGAGAACGGUGAUACUGAACAGAGAGCCGAAUCAGUCUUUUGGCAUCAGUAUAGUGGGCGGUCGUGUGGAAGUGAGUCAGAGGGGAGGACUGCCCGGGACGGGUAAUACCGUAUCGGGCAUCUUUAUCAAGUCUGUGCUGCCGAAUAGUCCUGCUGGAAGGUCAGGGCUGAUGAAUAUGGGCGAUAGGGUUAUCAGUGUGAACGAGCACGACCUGCGAGACUCGACCCACGAUCAGGCCGUUUACUUGAUAAAGAACGCCUCGAACCCGGUCAGAUUCGUAGUGCAGAGUCUGCACAGCUUCUCGCCGCAGCAGAUGGUAACAUUUGGCGUUGCGCCAAGCACGUCGCCGUCCUCAAUAUUGAAGAAACCCGAGAGUGUAAUACCGUCAAGAGCCUCGACGGAGGAUUCAUGGCGCAGUAUUCCUGAAAAAGAGGAAGGAGACCAAAAGAUUUCGACGAAAGACGCGAAUAAACCGCAGGGCAGUAAAGAGGAGCAGAGUGAUGCAGAAAUAGAGAGAGAUGAGCCUCAUAAGCAAACGGAGGGAGGCGAGAAAGCGAUCGACAGGAAUAAGGCUGCAAAAGUUGGCAUCGAGCCAGGAAGCGCAGCAUAUUUGGAGCGCAGCCAAAGCGACUCGGAGCCCGAGGACGCAUUUUUGUAUACGAAGGUAGCCUUAAAGUCAACGUGCCCUUUGCCGAUUAAAGUGGGCGAUGAGUUAUUGGAGGCUCGUUUUUGUUGUGUUGUUAUUGUGAACGGAAGAGUGCUGCUAGGUUUGUCGCAUUUGAACGCGUCGGCAAGAAUCCGCGAAUGUUGUGAAGAGGGCACGUUGGAGCUGCUGCUGCUGAGGCGAUUCGACGCUUUGGAGCAAAUGGCUAUUCGUCCGGAGCCAAUGUUGAGCCGCUCGAGGACGAGUCCGGCGUGCGAUCAAGACAGCGCGAGUUUAGUCGAGACAACACUGAUUCCGGGGAGACGCAGACAGCCUGGAGAGCCGACGAGAGAGGACGACGGUGGCGAAGAGGAGGACGACGACAGAGACUCAGAGGAAAAGCAACAGAAAGGAGGAGGCAGUGCGGGAACAGAAGAGAGCGCAGGUAUAGAAGAAACGAAAAAGGAAUCAUCAGAGGUGGCAGAAACAAAAGAAGAGUCGUUGUCUCGAGCGUCGUCGUCGUCGUCGUCAUGUAACGCCAGCCGGGAAGCAAAGGUGUAG